GCUCGGUUCGCUGUUCUAGUUAGUUAGUGUCUGUGUUAGUUUAUUUCAAACAAGUGUAUACGUCGGCAUUGUUUAUGAUUUUACCAAUGCCAGACGACGCAUCUUUUACUACCGGUGGGCAAGUGGAUGCGGUGGCACUGGCCCUGAUAGAUGCUGCCUUUGAUAAGAAAGAGGAGGUUAGGGUUGUUAUUAGCCACUCUCUCCAUGAGUUGGGGAAGAAGCAACCCAGGUUAAUUCUGGGUGCAGCACAUUCCUAUUUGUGUAAGCACCCAAAGCUUGCACAAGGACAUAGGAUGGCCAUACUCAAUGUGAUGGAGAGGAUCUGCAGGGAUUGUCUUGACAUGAUUAACAGACAACUUGCUGUGGAGCUUAUCGAGCAAGCAUCGUCAGAAAUGACACGAUCCAAAGAUGUCCUGCCAGACUGGCAGACGGCAGCCAGUGGAGUGCUGGUUGCAAUUGGAUGCAAGUUUUCCAAUGAGGUGAUGGAGGAACUACUGAAGAAGUUUCAGCCUGGAGUUCUGCCUCACUUCUUCAUCGUUCAGACUCUUGGCAACCUUGCAGCUGCUAACGUUUAUGGGGUGCUGCCUUUCCUGAAGGCUGUGCUUGGUACCAUGCUCCCUAUGCUUGGCAUGGCGAAGCAUGAUAACAUGAGAUGGGUAUUCUCUGCUGCUCUAGCGAAGUUUAGUGAAGCGAUAUUGGAAUACAUAGCAAACAUCGAUAAAGCACCUGAUCCAACAGUGACAGGUGCUGUAUUCAUCAGUGAGAUAGACUGCGCAUAUGAUGUACUAUUCAAUGUGUGGCUGCAGUCAAAAGAACCUAAGCUACGAUUGGCAGUCGUUGAGGCUCUAGGACACAUGGCACACCUAAUGGAAAAAGAGAAACUGGAAGAGCAGCUUCCUAAACUCAUAUCUGGAAUCAUGAAACUCUAUCCUAAACAUCAGGACAGUUCAUUCCAUAUAACACAGGGAUUAGCAAUGGUUCUUGAUGCAGCCACAUCAAAUGGCAGUGCAGUUCUUGAAACACAAGUUGAAGGACUUCUAACGCUACUUUUCACGCAGGCAUGUCAACCACCAGUCUACAAUAACCAGGGCAUGCUAAGAAACCAGAAUGAGGUCCUCAGAUGUUUUGAUAUACUAGCGAGGAUAUUUUCGGAUCGGAUGCUGGCAGGACUGCUUCACAGGUUGGAGUCAACAAGCGAGAAGGUGCGCAUUGGAGCGCUGCGUGUGUUCCGGCAUCUCAUCAAUGCCUCAGGUACGCAGUUCAUAAUGAAGAAGGCUUCAGUGAUCUCUGGCCUGAAGAUAAUGCUGAAUGAGAACAGCAACAAGGUGAAGAAGGAAUUUGUUCAAGUCAUCGUCGCCCUCGCUCACCACGACUACUUGCGUGAGGAGGGAGGUGACCUGAUGAUCCAGUUUAUUGUCACCCAGUGCUCACUGCCCAAUGAUCCACCACAGUUCGUUGCCGACAGACAUGCGACACGCCGUACAGCGCUGGCCACCGUCUGCCGGCGUGCGGCCGCACAUGCUCGGCCGCGCGUAAAGCGUGAGAAGAGAACGCAGAGGACUACGAGAUCAGCCUAUGUGCGGCACACAAAUAUUCCCAAGCCUCAUGAGCUGUUGGCAAGGUUGCUAGUGUUGACUGCCCAUCCGAAGGCAGGCAGGGGCAGAGGUGCACAUGUAUUAAAGCUGAUGAAAGCGAUGUCUCCCAAUAUAAACAAGAGCAUCGUGGCAUUGUGGGACACUGUCAUCCCUAAACUGAUACAAUACCUUGAAGCUGCAGAAGAUAAGGAGGAGGAGGACUGGUCACAAAAGAGCUGGGAAGAUCUUAUUCUCAAGUUGUUGUCAAAGACGCUAGAUGAAGUGGACAGUGAGGACUGGACGUCUGAACUAGGUGCAACACUUGUGAAACAGAUACCGUUGUACACGGAACAGCCAAAUGAUAAGAACUUUCUCUACAAGGCACUUGGUGUUGUACUACGCAAGGCCAACACAAAACACUUCAUCGGUACGCAACUGGAGUUCAUGUUCACCACAGUGAAACACACCAGUCAACUGGAGAGAGAGGGAUGUGCGAUAGGCUUUGGCUACUGUGCUUCCACCAAUUUUGAGACUGUCAUAACCAAACUGGAGCAACUGGCUAAGGGAGAGUUGCAGAAAAAGUCAUCCGGUAUCUUCAGCUUCAUAAAGGACAAAAUGGAUACCGAUACCACAGGAAUGGACCAGAGUAGAGCCACUGCUAUUCUAUGCUAUGGCCAGGUUGCCUUUUAUGCACAGCCAAGCCAACUGCAGGCUAGCAUGGACAGCAGCAUACUUCGCAGUAUUGUGCCACAUUUCAACAGCAAGGAGCCUGUUGUAAAGAGAAGCCUGACACAGGCAGUCGAGCUAAUAGGGAACGCACUGCAUCCGACUCACAUGAAGAUGUCCUAUGAGCUUGCCAACCGUCCAAACCUCCUAGGCCACAUGAUGGCAUUUUGCAAAGCUGAGAGCUCCAAGUCUCUGAACACAGAUUUAAAGCAGCUGUCAGUGCAAGCCUGUACUGCUCUACUCAAGCUGGGAUCCAAGGCUAUCUCUGACAGAAACCUCUGAUCUAAUGGGACAAAUUUCAUGAAUGCUAUUUUCCCUUACUGCCAGAUUCUGGGAAGAGCAAAGAGGACACUGAAGGUGAGAGAGAGAGCUGUGUCGACCUAUUGGCUCAUACCACGGAUAGCCUUAAUGAAUUACUGAAGCAGAUUCUGCUCAAGUCCUUGAAUUCUGAUACUCUGGAAGUUAUU